AUGCAAAUUGUGUACAGGCUUAUUGUGGUGCUGAACAUGGAGACAAUUGUACCACAUUCUGAAACCAUUGGGAACCCCACGAUGUCUGCAGAAUCUGACACAGAAUCAGGCAAUUUCCCGCCUACAAAUAGGGUUGCUUUCAAUGAACCGGCGUUUCAGCAUUCUGUAAAUAAAGCACCUCCCAGGGGAGUAAACAUUCAAAGUCCAGCCAACAGCACUCCAAGUUUCAGGCCAUCUGUUCAACCUUUAUACCAACCACCUCCAAGCUACAGGAAUCAUGGACCCAUAAUGAAGAACGAGGCUCCAGCUCGAAUCAUUCCUAUCGCUGCUCUCAAUCCAUACCAAGGUCGGUGGGCUAUUAAGGCUAGAGUAACUGCAAAAGGAGAUAUGAGACGAUAUAAUAACGCAAAAGGAGACGGGAAAGUAUUCUCCUUUGAUCUGCUUGACUCUGAUGGAGGGGAGAUUCGCAUUACUUGCUUUAAUGCUGUUGUUGACCGAUUCUAUGAUGUUAUUGAGGUUGGUAAGGUAUAUUUGAUUUCAAAAGGAAGCUUGAAGCCUGCACAGAAAAAUUUCAACCACUUAAAGAACGAAUGGGAAAUUUUCUUGGAGUCAACAUCGACAGUAGAGCUUUGCCCCGAUGAAGAUGGCUCCAUACCAAGGCAGCAGUUCUCCUUCCGACCUAUAAGUGACAUUGAGAACGCUGAGAACAAUACGAUACUCGAUAUGAUUGGGGUCGUGACUUCUGUGAAUCCCUCAGUGCCAAUCUUGAGAAAGAAUGGGAUGGAAACCCAUAGGAGAAUCCUGAAUCUAAAGGAUGAAUCGGGCAAGGCCGUAGAAGUUACGCUAUGGGGAGAGUUCUGUAAUCGAGAUGGUCGGCAACUCGAAGAGAUGGUUGAGUCAGCCUUUUACCCUGUUUUAGCAAUAAAAGCUGGAAAAGUAAGCGACUUCAGUGGGAAAUCAGUGGGGACAAUAUCGUCGUCCCAGCUAUUCAUAGAUCCAGAUUUUCCUGAAGCUCAGAGAUUGAGGAACUGGUUUGAUCACGGGGGGAAAAAUACUGCCUCAUCCUCCAUUUCUAGAGACACUAUGCCUGGAGGAGGCUCGAGGAAUGAGAUACGAAAAGCUGUUUCUCAGAUCAAAGAGGAAGGUCUUGGAAGAUCAGAUAAGCCUGACUGGGUCACUGUGAAAGCAACCAUAUCAUUCAUCAAAACCGAUAGCUUCUGUUACACAGCUUGCCCUUUGAUGAUUGGAGAUAAACAAUGCAACAAGAAGGUGACACGGACAGGAACAAACAUGUGGCUCUGUGACCGGUGCAACCAAGAGUCCGAGGAAUGCGACUACAGAUACCUUCUUCAAGUGCAGAUUCAAGACCACACUGGGUUGACUUGGGUAACCGCGUUUCAAGAAUCUGGUGAAGAAAUCAUGGGAUGUCCGGCUAAGCAGCUUUACACGUUGAAAUACGAAUUGCAGAACGAUGAAGAAUUCGCAGAGAUUGUUAGAAUCAGACUGUUUCAUCAGUACUUGUUAAAGCUGAAGAUCAAAGAGGAAUCUUAUGGGGAUGAACAAAGAGUGAAGAUGACUGUGGUGAAGGUAGAUAAGGUUAAUUACACAUCCGAGAGUAAGUACUUGCUCGAUUUGCUCGUAAGGUCUCUAUAG